AUGGCGUCCUCGCUGGGCGGUCUUCUUCACCGGGCGCAUGCGCUGUUCCGGGCUCUCUUGACCAACACGCGAUCGCCGGUCUACCUGCCGAACGAGCUCGUGUCCGAUAUCCUGUCCAGGAUCCCAGAGAGGUCCGUGCGCCGGUUCCGGUGCGUGUCCAAGGAGUGGCGUGCCCUCGUCACCUCCCCCGCCUUCGUCGGAGCGCACAAGUCCCGCGCCGAGCCAUUCCUCGUGGUGUACUCCAAUCCCUGUGAGGGCCUGCGGCUGAUCGAUAUGGAUGGCGAAGUCCUAAGGUUGAUCAGCGACAUGCGUGGGUGUUGGAGUCCGGUGUCCACGAGCCCCGAUGGCAUUCUAUGUGUCACCGGCUAUCUGGAUAGCUACCCGGGCAACGCUGUUUUUGCCGGGUUGAUCGACCUUGGCACCAUGGAGGCGGUUGUCACCCGCUUAGAAGACAAUAAAGCCUGGGGCUUCGGUUGUGCCGUCCCGUCAGACGCGUAUAAGACUGUGCGCUUCCGAGACCACAUUAGCGGGUGUUAUUGUGAGGUUUACACAAUAGGGGGUGGUGACGGGUGGAGACGGAGGAAAUCACACCCAUUGCAUUACAAAUACGAUAGCUUUGAAAACUAUGCUGCAACCGUCAAUGGUGUGUUGUAUUUAUUGGCAAGGGCGAAGCCACAGGGCAUGGACUAUGUACUCCGCUUUGACAUCGAGAGCGAGGAGUGGAAGAAUAAUAUCAAAGGCCAUCAAAUGUGGACAUCUGGGGGCAUGAUAUCAGCUUAG